AUAUCAUUAUGGGAGAAGUUGAUCGUUGAAAUGAUAAUUGAUACAACGGAAGUCCAAGAUAUAAAUUAUUUUUCCGGAUUGGAAUCUUUCAAAGAGGUCUAUGGAAUUCUAUGGAUACUUGUACCUAUUUUGAUUCUUGUAUUGGGAAUCACAAUAAGUGUACUAGCAAUUGUAUGGUUAGAAAGAGAAAUAUCUGCAGGGAUACAACAGCGUAUUGGACCCGAAUACGCUGGUCCUUUUGGAAUUCUUCAAGCUCUAGCAGACGGAACAAAACUACUAUUCAAAGAGAAUCUUAUUCCAUCUAGGGGAGAUAUUCGUUUAUUCAGUAUCGGACCAUCCAUAUCAGUAAUAUCAAUUCUAAUAAGUUAUUCAGUAAUUCCCUUUAGCUAUAACUUUGUUUUAUCUGAUUUCAAUAUCGGUGUUUUUUUAUGGAUUGCUAUUUCGAGUAUUGCUCCCAUUGGACUUCUUAUGUCAGGAUAUGGGUCAAAUAAUAAAUAUUCCUUUUUGGGUGGUCUACGAGCUGCUGCUCAAUCGAUUAGUUAUGAAAUACCAUUAACUCUAUGUGUCUUAUCAAUAUCUCUACGUGCGAUUCGUUGAAACCAAAAAAGCUAUUCGAUGCUAUUGCUAUGCUCCUCUCUUUAUAGUACUAUAUAUAAUAGGAAAGGAGUCGAAUAAAUUAAAUAGAAACCUUCAUUAUCUUAAUUUGAUUUUUCACAAUUCGGAUUGAAGAACUAAAUUAGAUAGUUAUAUGAGUGAAAAAAAACAGCUUAUAUUGAAUAAAAUUUCAGAAUACUCUAUUACCUAUAGUUAACAGAUAGUAUGAUGAUUUUAAAUGGCAGUAAAAAUAUUGAGUCUCAUUUUCUAUGUAUAAGAAUGAAGUCAAAUAAAAUAAAUUAUAAAGAGAAGAGGACAUUUAACCCAAGAUUGGAGAAUAUUUUUCAUCCUGUUUUGAAGCGGGCUCAAAAGACCAACCUUAUUGAGUUUUAGUUAUCAUUUGUAUGAUCCUAGAUGUUAAAAUAAGGGGUUAAUAAAAAAAAGAGUGGAUGGUUAGAAACACCAAGAUACACAAAGGAUUAGUAACACAGAUUUUGUAAAUUAUCCAAAAGACAAUUUACGCAUAAUAGAAAAAGAAUACUAAUUGGGGCUUUAAGUUGGUAGAAAAAAUCAAGCAGUACUCCCCAUAACUCCGAUCCAGAGUAUGCUUCCAUCCACCGAUUAAAUAAAUUACUAUCAGGAACGAAAAAAUCCUUUAAAAUUUUUUAAGUCCCUUUUUCAUAGCACAAACAAAGAAGAAUAGGAACGAAAAAAGAAGAAGAAAUCAUAAACGAAAAGCAGAUCUCUUUUUUGUGCUAUGAUUUCUUAUAUCCAUAUUCAUAUUCAUGGAGAUCAAAUUCACAUGAUAAUUAAGAAACGAAUGUGUAAUUCUUUUUCGUAAUUCAAAAUGCCGAGGGUUAUGGAGAAUUCUAAAAGAGUAUUUUAUUGAAGAAUUCAGUUAUUA